AGCUUCGCGUCAAGCAAGGAAUUUGAUUAUGACUUCCAUUGCAAGAGAAACCUUGUGGACAACUGCUGUUUAAAACAUAUUCACACAAUAUGUGUGCACGGCGAUUGAUGUUACUGUCAAAGCGAGUAUAGGUUGCUAUUCAAUCUCUGUCGAAAUGAUACGGACACUAAACAGCGCGUCAUUUGCUGCCUUAUUUGCAACGGUGCCAAAGUCCGCGACAUGCAGAACAGCUAGAAUACACAGUGCGUAUGAUGUGGCUGUGGUGGGUGGAGGCAUCAUGGGCCUGGCCUCAGCCAGAGAGCUCAUCCUCAGACACCCCACGCUUAGCUUCAUUCUGCUGGAGAAGGAGAAGGACCUGGCCAUCCACCAAAGUGGCCACAACAGUGGUGUGAUCCACAGUGGGAUUUACUACACCCCCGGGUCUCUGAAGGCCCGUCUCUGUGGCAAAGGGGCCGCUAUGGCCUACGAGUACCUGGACAAGAAAGGACUCCCCUAUAAGAGGUGUGGAAAGCUGAUCGUCGCUGUGGAGCGAGAGGAGAUUCCCAGGCUCAAAGCGCUGUACGAGCGAGGACAGAAGAACAACGUGCGUGACCUCACCAUGAUAGACGCCAAGGGGAUCCGAGAGAGGGAGCCCUACUGCAGGGGUCUGAUGGCCCUGGACUCUCCUUACACUGGCAUCGUGGACUGGAGGCUGGUGUCACUGGCAUAUGGCAAGGACUUCCAGGAGGCAGGAGGGACCGUGGUUACUGAAUAUGAGGCUAGUGACAUGGCCAUGGUGAAGGAAAGCCCCGCUGGCAACACGGACGGAAUGAAAUAUCCCAUCGCUAUCAGAGAUUCAAAGGGUACGGAGGUAAGGUGUCGGUAUGUGCUGACCUGUGGUGGUCUGUACUCUGACCGCCUCGCUCAGAUCUCUGGCUGCAGUCCAGACCCUCGCAUUGUCCCCUUCAGAGGAGAUUACCUGGUCCUGAAGCCUGAGAAACACUACCUGGUCCGGGGCAACAUCUACCCCGUAAGUCCUCUAGAACACCUUCUACCCCGUAAGUCCUCUAGAACGCUGUCUACCCCGUAA